AUGGUUCGUUUAGGUCCAAAGAAGCCUCCAGCCAGAAAGGGGUCCAUGGCAGAUGUGCCAGCUAAUUUGAUGGAACAAAUCCACGGUUUGGAAACUUUGUUCACCGUCUCUUCAGAAAAAAUGAGAAGCAUUGUCAAGCAUUUCAUCAGUGAAUUGGACAAAGGUUUGUCCAAAAAGGGUGGUAACAUUCCUAUGAUUCCAGGUUGGGUUGUUGAGUAUCCAACUGGUAAGGAAACUGGUGAUUUCUUAGCUCUUGAUUUGGGUGGUACCAACUUGAGAGUUGUGUUGGUUAAAUUGGGUGGUAAUCAUGAUUUCGACACCACUCAAAACAAGUACAGAUUACCAGACCAUUUGAGAACUGGUACUUCUGAACAAUUGUGGUCAUUUAUUGCAAAGUGUUUGAAGGAAUUCGUCGAUGAAUGGUACCCAGAUGGUGUUUCUGAACCAUUGCCAUUGGGUUUCACUUUCUCAUACCCUGCAUCUCAAAAGAAGAUCAAUUCCGGUGUGUUGCAACGUUGGACCAAGGGUUUCGAUAUUGAAGGUGUUGAAGGUCACGAUGUUGUUCCAAUGCUACAAGAACAGAUUGAAAAGCUGAAUAUCCCAAUCAAUGUCGUUGCAUUGAUCAACGAUACCACUGGUACCUUGGUUGCCUCUUUGUACACUGAUCCUCAAACUAAGAUGGGUAUCAUUAUCGGUACUGGUGUCAACGGUGCUUACUACGAUGUUGUUUCUGGUAUUGAGAAAUUGGAAGGUUUGUUGCCAGAAGAUAUCGGUCCAGAUUCUCCAAUGGCAAUCAACUGUGAAUAUGGUUCCUUCGAUAACGAACAUUUGGUGUUGCCAAGAACCAAAUACGAUGUUAUAAUCGAUGAAGAAUCUCCAAGACCAGGUCAACAAGCUUUCGAAAAGAUGACUUCUGGUUACUAUCUAGGUGAAAUCAUGCGUCUAGUACUAUUGGACUUGUACGACAGUGGUUUCAUCUUUAAGGACCAAGAUAUCUCCAAGUUGAAAGAGGCUUACGUCAUGGACACCAGUUAUCCAUCUAAGAUCGAAGAUGAUCCAUUCGAAAACUUGGAAGACACUGACGAUCUGUUCAAGACUAACUUGAACAUCGAAACUACCGUUGUUGAGAGAAAGUUGAUUAGAAAAUUAGCCGAAUUGGUCGGAACAAGAGCUGCAAGAUUGACUGUUUGUGGUGUUUCUGCUAUCUGUGACAAGAGAGGCUACAAGACUGCUCACAUUGCAGCUGAUGGUUCUGUCUUCAACAGAUACCCAGGUUACAAGGAAAAGGCCGCUCAAGCCUUGAAGGAUAUCUACAACUGGGAUGUCGAAAAGAUGGAAGACCACCCAAUCCAAUUGGUGGCUGCUGAAGAUGGUUCCGGUGUUGGUGCUGCUAUCAUUGCUUGUUUGACUCAAAAGAGAUUGGCUGCCGGUAAGUCUGUUGGUAUUAAAGGCGAAUAG